GUAUUGUCACAUGACCCGAGGAAGGAUGAAAAACUUUGUUCUGCAUGUCACCCAUACAGAUUAUUUCAUCACAUCAAUGCAGGAAGGUAUCUGAUGCUCUGUAUCUGUGAUGCUGCCGCAACUGUACACACACGGACUUGCGCAUCUGCCAAUAAACGCCACUUUGUCUACACCAGGCCACAAACUGAAGUUGCUCACAGAGCAAAUUCGGCAAUAAUAAAUACAGGAAAGAGUGUAACAAAAGCAGGGGAGUGCAAAGACCGCAGCGCAGUCUGUGGUAGAGCAAACGGAAAUGCUGAAGCUACAACAACGGAAUCACCGAGGGAAUUGGAGUUAAAUCCGAGAACGUGGUCCGUCUAGUGGAAGGGGCUGUGCAAGAAGAGAUUGGGUCCAGGAAUCCGAGGGUUGAAGCUGCCAUUGAGGCUGGUGGCAUGUGCUGUUCAGGCGCAUGUACAGCAUCUUCUGUCCAGUGGGAAAUGGUGAGAAGACAGAAUGCCUGGGAUGGUCUUUGACUAUGCUGGCUGGAAUUCCUGGAGGGUUAGUCACUUGGGAAGUGCGAGGCAGUUCGCUGAUCGAAGGGUCUCUGUGCCGAGGAAGAACGGGAGCAGAAUAUCGAUCACGCCUUUAAAAAUCUCGAAAGAAAUCCUUUCUCGGUCCAGGGAUGGCCACCUUUCCACAUCACGGACUUCUCUGUGACGACUCGAUGCAGCAGGUUCCAGCCGAGCUGGACCUGGCCUCUUACGAUUCGGAGAUUGAAACGCCAUUUCUGAUUCCCGGUUUCACCGACCUCUGGUCCUGGGCGGACAGACAGGGCAGCCAAGGACAGCACUCCCCGGUUCCCAAAGAUCACCAGGAUUUAACGGGGCAGUGUACAGACAGUGGCACACACAACGUUUAUUCUCAGUUGCACUGUUGGACAGGCUAUCCCCUGGCAAGCACGGAGCCCUCCCAGUGCGUCCCACCGUCCGGCCCGGAGGAGCGAAACUUCGUCCCCGGAUCCUUCCAAACCUUGCGUCCCGUCAGCUCGGCGGAGCUCUUGGCGUGGAGAUCUCAGGGGGCCUACGAUGCGGCAGGGGAGGUGGAGACACUAGAGAGCUCGACGCUAGCGGGUCGCGGGCAAACCUUCGAGGCUGGCGCCAGCGACGAGAGUGUUACCUCUUACCCAGGUGCAGAGAUGAUGCUGGACGGAUUUCACACCGCGCUCCCCCACCAUCUUCUUGGCAGGCAGUGGAAUGGGACGUCCAGAAAUAACGGGGGACCGCCAGAUCUGAUUGAAUACGGCGCUGGCUGGGAUGGGCAUUUAUCCAUCCAUGGUGGCCCAGCCGGUGAAUACACCCUGUCGGAACACGCAGCUAAUCGGUCACGGCACGCACCCAGAGACCGAUGCCGAGGUCCCUUCGUACCGAGAGGCCGCACUUCAUGCGGUCCAGGACUGCUUGAAUACGCAGGAAACGGACCCAUCCAACUCUGGCAAUUCCUGCUGGAGUUACUCCUGGACAAAUCCUGUCAAUCCUUCAUCAGCUGGACCGGAAACGGCUGGGAGUUCAAACUCUCCGAUCCCGAUGAGGUGGCCAAACGUUGGGGCAAUCGGAAGAACAAACCCAAGAUGAACUACGAGAAGCUGAGUCGUGGUCUCAGGUACUAUUACCACCGGGACAUCAUUCAGAAGACAUCAGGAAAACGCUAUGUCUAUCGAUUUGCCUGUGACGUCCAAGGCCUUCUGGGGAAGACACCUCAGGAAAUCCACGCUCAUCUGAAUGUCAAGCCACGGCCGGGACUCUGAGGAAUUAAAUCCAUUUUUUGUUCGUGUUAUUUAAUAUAAGGUUUGAAGAUGGAGAGUGGAACAUUGGAUUCACUUGUAAAUUAGAACUGGUAAAAGGUCUAAUAGUUAGAGUCGCUCAGCACUCAAAAAGGCCCUUCUGCCCAACUCGUCUUUGCUGUCCAUCCAAGUGUUUUUAAAUGUUGUUAUUGUACCUGCAUCAACCACUUCCUCUGACGGUUCGUUCUAUAUAUAGACCGCACUCUGUGUGAAGAAGUUACUCCUCACAUCGCCUUUAAUUCUUCCUGCUUACACUUUAAACCUGUGCCCCCUGGUUUUAGAGUCCUCCGCCUUAGUGAAAAGGACUGUGUCCAUUCGCCUGAUCUAUGCCCCUCAUAGUUUUAUAAAUUUCUGAAAGGUCACCCCUCAGCCUCCUUCACUCCAGGGAAACAGUGCCAGACGCAUCAAUAAAAGGGAAUGAACAUUUCGGGUUGAGGGUCUUCAUCAGAAUGGGAAAGAAAAGAGGCACAAGCCAGAAUAAGAAGGUUGGGGGGUGGGGCGGAGAGGGAGGGGUAAAAACUGGCAGGUGAUAGUUGGAUCAAGCUGAGACGGGAAAGGUAGGUGGGUGGGGGAGUGGUGACAAAGAGAUUGAUGUGAGAAACGAGGAGGCGAUUGGUGGAAGAAGAAAGGUUCUGACGGGAAAGGACAGUGGAUAUAGAACAAAGGGAAGGAGCUGGGAACCAGACUGAAGAAGGCGUGGUCUGGCUAUGAUGGUGAGGAGGGGAGAGUAGGUGGGAGGGCAACCAGAACGAGAGAAAAAAAACAGGGGAUGAGUGUUGGAGAUAGAAACAGAAGGGAGUGAAUACUAGAGGUUAGAGAAAUCAAUGUUCAUGCCAGCAAACUGGAGACUACCAAGAUAGAAUACGAGAUGCCAUCCAGUUUGCUGGAGAAACUCAGCAAGUCAGGUAGAAGCGAAGUGGAGCAAUAAACCGUGGACAUUUUAGGUCAAGAUCCUUCAUUAGGACUAAAAAGGAAGGGGGCAACAUCCAAAAUACGAAGUUGUGGGAGGGGAAGGAGUAAGAAGGGAGGGGUGGAAAUUUACUGGUUAGAGAAAUCGACCUUCAUGCUCUCAGGUCGGAGUCCACUUAGACUCUAUAUAUGAUGCUCCUCCGACCUGAGUUUGGCCUCCUCAUGGCAGUAGAGGAGGCCAUAGGCAGGCAUAUUGGAAUUGGAAUGGGUGGCCACCUGGGCGUCCUGGCUUCUGUCAAAGCAGUCCUCAAAUCUGCAUUGGGUCUCGUUGAUGCAGAGGAGGUCGCACGGAGAACACAGGGUAUAGUAGAUGGCCCCAUCAGACUUGCAAGUGGAGUAUUGUCUCACCUGGAAGGGCUUUGUAGAGACCUGGAUGGUGGUGAGCGAGAAAGUGAAGGGGCAGGUGUAUCACGUCUCACUUACAGGGAUAAGAACAAGGAGUGAGAUCAGUGGAGAGAGACGAGGACGAAGUUCUAAAGCUCAAAGUACAUAUGUGUCACUAUAUACAACCCCGAGAUUCAUUUUCUUGUGGGCAUACUCAGCAAAUCUAUAGAAUAGUAACUGUAUCCAGAUCAGUGAAAGAUCAACCAGAGUGCAGAAGACAACAAGUUGUGCGACUGCAAAUAUAAAAAAAUAACAAUAAAUAACGAGAACAUGAGAUAAUGAGAUAAAGUGUCUUUGAAAGUGAGAUAAUUGAUUGUGGGAACAUGGGGCAAGUGAAGAGGAGUGUAUUCACCCCUUUUGUUCAAGAGCCUGAUGGUUGAGGGGUAGUAACUGUCAUUGGACCUGCUAGUGCGAGUCUUGUGGCUCUUGUAUCUUCUUUCUGAUAGCGGCAGCGAGAAGAGAGCAUGACCUGAGCGGUGGGGAUCUCUGAUGAUCGAUGCUACUUUCCUAAGUCAGCGUUUCAUGCACUGUACAUGUGCUCAAUGGUUGGGAGGGCUUUACCCGUUAUGUGGUGACAUCCGUCGGUCUCGAGAGACCAUGGAUCUGCGCCUGGAGUUUCCGGGGGGGGGGGGCGCAGGCCUGGGGCAGGGUUGUAUGGGAGACCGGCAGUUGCCCAAGCUGCAGGCCUUCCCCUCUCCACACCACCGAUGUUGUCCAAGGGAAGGGCACUAGGCAGCUUGGCUGCCGGUGACGUCACAGUGUGUUGUUAAGUGCCUUGCUCAAGGAUACAAACAUGCUGCCUCAGCUGAGGCUCGAACCAGUGACCUUUAGGUUACUAGUCUGAUGCCUUGCCCACUAGGGCACGCACCUGUUAUAUACUGGGCCGAAUCCACUGCAGUUUGCACGAUUUUCCGUCCAAAGACAUUGGUGUUUCCAUACCAGUAAAUAUAUUCUCCACUACACAUCUAUAAAUGUUUGUCAAAGUUUUAGCUGUCUCGCUGAAUAUCCGCAAACUCCCAAGGAAGUAAAGGCGCUACCGUGCUUUCUUCACAAUUGUAUUCAUGUGCUGGGCCCAGGAAUUUUAAGCUUGCUAACACUCUCUACCUCUCAUCCUCCACUGAGGACUGGCUCUUGGGCUUCUGUUUUCCCUGUCUUGGUCUAUAAUCACUUCCUUGCUCUUGGUCUUGCUGAAUUGAGUGAGAAGUUCUUGUUAUGACACCACUCUGCUACCGAGACAAGUGGGUCAUACAGAGAGUGAUAUUAAAACUGAUUAUGAAUGUAGAGAUGACUUAGACUAUAAAACGGAUUGGAAUUAGGCCAUUUGGACCAUCGAGUAUGCUUCACAGUUCCAGCAUGACUGAUUUAUUAUCCCUCUCAACCCCAUUCUUCCGCCUUCUAAUUAGGCAACAAUCAACCUCCGUUGUAAAUAUACUCAACGACUUAGCCUCCAGAACCGGCAAUGAAUUUCACAGGUUCAUUACUCCCUGGUUAAUAGACAAUAGACAUAGACAAUAGGUGCAGGAGUAGGCCAUGCGGCCCUUCGAGCCAGCACCGCCAUUCAAUGUGAUCAUGGCUGAUCAUCCACAAUCAGUACCCCGUUCCUGCCUUCUCCCCAUAUCUCUUGACUCCACUAUUUUUAAGAGCUCUAUCUGACUCUUUUUAAAAAAAAGAAAUUCCUCCUCACCUCUGUUCUAAAGAGGCAUCCUUCUGUUCUGAGUCUGUGCCCGCUGGUCUUGUUAUGUCCCGCCAGAUUUGGAUCGCCAUCUUAUUUCUAAUUACUGGAUGUCGCUGCUGCCGCGUGGCCUCACAGCCGUUGUUGAUUGCUCAUUAUCGCGUUGUUAAGUAAUUAGUCUUUGUCAUCAGAUCGGCCAUUUUAUAUCUUUGUAUGUUUCAUUGGUAGUUAGAAGGCGAAGGAAUUUCAAUCAAUAUUUGAAUUUCCUUUCAUUAGGACACCGGAAAGUACUGUCUUGAGCACUGUAUUGCGUUGGUGAAUAAUAAAGCCGCUUUCAGCUACAGCUACGCCGGAAAUGGCUUUAUAGAUCCGAUCAGUUUGAGAAACGGGGAAAACUCCGAGUGAGGGCAGAAUAGUAAAACGACAACUCCUAACAGUGAAUCCAUCCGCGGUGAAUAAAUAUUGAUUCUGCGAGCUCCCGCGCGUCAGAAGUUGGAAUAUCGACCACAGAGAAAAGGAGCUUUGAAACCAGGUCAGUACGAUCAGAUAGAUUAUCGCGACAGUCCAGCAGAUAAGCGGCAAACAUAGCGGCGCUAGAAGCCGAAACAGCGCUAUCCUUGGCGUCGUUCGUACGAAGAACUUGAUGUUAAAGUGAGACAGUCUGAAUGAGACGUAGAGAAAGUCCGCCUGGAAGCCACAUUAGAAGCAGUGCGGCAUUAAAAAAAGGCGGAGGCGGCUUUAUCCGAGGCCAAAGUCUUUGAGGCGGGCGGGGAGCACGAGAUGACAAUGACGUCAGUUCAAACUCAGCAUAUCAUUCUAGCAGAGAGGACUAUGAAAUAUAUUCAAGACCAGUCGGUUUAUGCUUAUACCCGCUGGCACUGAAGACUUAGACCAGCCAACCCACACUGAAAGGCCGGGCUCCUCUUUCUCUAGAUAACAUCUGGCAACGACACCUUUUGCCCAAACGGGGCAGAACGGAGACAGCCUCCCUCACGUGCUCAAGGCUCCUACUUAUCAUGACAUAGCACAGGAGGCUGUUCAGCCUCCCGGUAAGUGGCACCACACCCCAUGAACCCCAACCUAAUCAUGAUGUGUCAGAUCUGGCGAGAUUCCGAGGCCGUCGUGACCUGCUGACGGUCGGACUCGCUGAAUUUGAUAAUAAUCCUGGGCUGGGAAGUCCACGUUCUCCAAUGCCAUUGAAAACCUCCAGCUCGAGCCUAGGGAAGGACUCGACCUGCUGGAGAUAUGGCUUGGACCGUGCUGAGCAUGCAAGCAGAAUAAGGUCACUUCACAUCAAGCACCCCACUGCUACUUCCACUUUAGUCUGGCAAAAACUGGAAGAAUGGUAUUCCGUCGAGGCAAUGCAAACUGCUCACUUCAACAAACUCGUCCUGCCCCAAGAAUUCUAGCAGGGAGCCCCAACGUCUGCGGGAGCUAGGAGACCCGCUUUUAGAGUUGGAGGCAGCCAAAGCUGAAAGCGACUUAGGUGGCUUGUCUGCCUCGACUCUACACAAGGAAUUCAUGCUAUCUUGGAGAAACUCCCCUUUAGUCUGUAGGAGAAAUGGACUUCUGAGACGCCAACUGGAAAAGAAAGUCACUUUCCCACUUUCUCCUUCUCUUCUAGUUUCACCCGGUCUGCAGCAAGAAUGAAGUUCGACCCCACCUUCAUUGUGACCGUCUCUAGCUCAGCGCCAGUUAACUCAGAAACCUGUUAGAACCCCUGUCAGCGUGCACAAGACUAUAGAUGGACAGCGCUAUCUAAAGAGGAUAAUUGUAAAAUUUCAGAAGAUCCUAACAAACAAGCGUCCUCUGCAUCGGAAACCACACCCACUCCGGAAGUGUUGAGACGUCAGAGAGAACCCUCCAGAGGAGUGAAGGGAUUUCCUUAAGAAGCACUCCAUAUGUUUCCGCUGCUGUUCCUCACCCAGCCGCCGGGCUAGGGACUGUAAUGUUGUCAUCUAGUGCUCUGAACGCGACAGAGGCAGUCACACUGCAGCUCUUCUUUUUGGCCUAUCUGCCUAGUCUGUGAAGAACAACAUAAGUACCGCAUGGCGGGGAGGGAUUCCCCAUCCUCUCUAGUUGCCACCUCUUCCUGUUCUGAGGUCUUUUGGGAAAACUCUGCCAGUAAGUCGUGUUCAAGGAUCUGCCUCGCCAAUGAUUACCCAGAAGGCCACUGUGAGAAGAGGAUGAGGAUGUAUGUUGUUUUUAACGAUAAGUCUCCAGCUAAAUCAUUUUUCUCAACGUCUUCAACAUAACCGUUGGCGCCUCACCUUAUACAUUUGAGACACGUGCAAGUGUGUCACAGAUGGUUGGGCAAACAGCAAGAAGUUUCGUGGUCGAGUCUGUUAAUGGAAAAGACUCCCUUAGCUCUUCCCACGCUCCGUGGGUGUGACGAACUUCCGGACAACACCGAAACAAAUGCUCACUCCAGAAGCAGCGACUUACCACACUCGGCCGUGGUCCCUAGCUACCAAGAUACCAUCAUUCGACCCAAAGGCUAAGAUCCUGCCCCUUCUGGGAACAGACGUCAUGCACAAGGUACUCGAGCAACAUAAUUGGCCUCCAAAGGUUCCCUUUGCGCGGAGGUUAGUACUCGAGCCGUCUGCCUAGCGAGUGCACAGAAACCUUCAUCUACAUACUUGCUCAGAACGAGCAUUCCAGAAAACUGGCGCCCCCGUCUGGUAGCUCCCUGCCUUUGCACCAUCCAGUUCGGCCAGCUUCCCGUCUCUCCCGCCUUGACCUCACAACAGAUGUUUGAUAAGAAACACAGUAGGCAUUGGUGAAGCUGCUUUGCCCAUAUCGAGGAUGACAACAUACCAGCACCUUCAAUGGCUAACCUUACUUUCCUGAGGUUGAUGGACAGCGAGUUCCAUCAAGACAGCUCUAAGAGACGGGUAGCACAUUUCCCCUUCUGUAGCACACGACAACGCCUCGCAAACAGUCGUGAGCAAACAGCCACUUCCACGCCUGAAAUUACUGGGGAAGAAAACGAACAGUAUACUGUAAUUGCAAAGCUAGAAAGUCGGAAAAUGAUUGAAACAUGAAUUCGGGUUACAAAUCUGUCAAAACGAAGACAAUAUUUAAUUGAUUUUACAGAUUCUAGAUUUGUUUUGGAUUCUCUGUAUUUUUAUACUAUCUAAUUGGUUUACUUGGAAGUUUGGUGGUGAUCCUCUUGAAAGACAGAAUUUUACUUUUGUUCUUCGACUCCAAUUGAAGGUCUUGUUAUUCCUUAGUUAUAUUUGACCGUGCUAUUCAAUUGAUCAGGAGCAUUAACUGUUUAAUGUUUUUUUUUGUGCGAAAGCCAUGAGUUCAGUUGGUGUCAUCUUUUACAGGUACCGGGCUGGGAGUGUUAUAUCUUUCCUGAUUUCAUUUGGAUUGUUGCUUUAUUUCUAAUUUCUGGAUCUCACUGCUUAAUUGUGGAUACCCAGCUGUUGUUGAUUGCUCACCGUCGCGUUGUUAGGCAAUUAGCUGUCCUUAUCAGGUUGGCCAUUUUAUAUCGUUGUACGUUUCAUUUAGUAGUUAGAAUUCGAACGAAUUAGCAGGGCGAGGCUGUGCAAGUCAGGACGUUCUCCAAUUUUCGAUCACCCCCUUUGUCCCUUAUCUUUAUCUCUGUGAACCUUAUACCCCUCUUUACAUUCCUCCUGUCCUCACCACCUGCCCAUUGUCCACUCCUUCCUUC